UUUAACAUUGUAAAAAUGGCAACCCACGCCAGUAAAUGAUAAAAUUUUGAAGCAGUGUGACAAAUCUUAAAUGACACCUACAUGAAUUGUGACAAACUUGGCACCACUCCAUCCAACGUAACUAACUAGAGAUUUUUAUAAAAGGCAAACAAAUUAUUAUUAUUUCACAAAUGUUAGAUAGUUAUAAAAAGAUAAGGUGAGAUACUUGAAAAACUAGCAUGGGUAUCUUAGUGUGAUUUGCAAUUUGCAACGAAGGUUUCACCUACUCGAGUCAUGGCUAUGUGGCUAUGUGGCUAUAUGGACCACUCUAUUGAAUAAAUCCAAAUUUUUGAUGGGAGAGAAGAACUCCGACUUGUCAAUUUUCUCAUUUUAAAUGACUAUGAAAAUUUUACCAUUUUAUUCAUUUUUGGUAAAUACGAUAUUCAUUUUUCAGAAUAAAAGCUUUAUAUAUAUGGGCUCAGCUUCUCUUCCAUCUGGAUCACUGUUUUAUUCACACCACCUACACUUUCUUAACCGGAGACAUGAAACUCCCUACAUGGCUAUGGAUGAUAUUCUCCGACGACAAAACACCCACGCCACCACCAUCUCAACUCCUACUAUUCUCCGACGACACAACCACCAUCACAUCAAACACAACCGCAACCGCCACAAUCACCAGUUGCAGCCUCCACAACAACCACACAUCCCCUCGAACCCUAGCCUUAACCAUCUCCCACCUCCGCCUCACAUCCCUCCAACCUCUCCCGGUCCCCCACGUCAACUUCCUCGCCGUCCAUAACAACCACCUUUACGCAGCCACCGGGAACUUCAUCCACGUAAUAGACACCACAUCUUUGGCGUUAAUCGACACCUUCAGUGUCGCCGGAUCUUCGUCGGGCUCCGUUAAGUCCAUUACUUUCAGCAACGGUAGCAUUUUCACUGCUCAUCAGGAUAACAAGAUCCGAGUAUGGAAAUUAACGCAGAACAAACGGCACAAACACGUCGCAACACUUCCGACGUUCGAAGAUCGGUUGCGCCGUUCGGUUUUACCAAAGAAUUACGUCAAUGUGAGACGUCAUCGGAAAAAACUAUGGGUCGAGCACCACGACGCCGUUUCUGGACUCGCUUUGAUCACCGAUCAGUUAAUGUGCUCGGUUUCUUGGGACAAAUACUUGAAGAUUUGGAGGACAUCGGAUUUGCGAUGUGUGGAGAGUAUAAAAGCACACGACGACGCCAUCAACGCGGUGGUGGUGGCGGCGGACGGAACGAUAUUCACCGGCUCCGCCGACCGCCGGAUUAAAAUCUGGGGAAAAGCGGUGAGGAAGUAUGGGCUGAUUGCCACGUUGGAAAAACACAAGUCAGCUGUGAAUGCGUUGGCACUAAACGACGACGGAUCGGUGUUAUUUUCGGGUGCAAGUGACCGAUUGAUUUUAGUGUGGGACAAGGAACACGGUAGCAAUCGUAUGGUGCUGACGAGCACAUUGCGUGGACACUCUAAUGCAAUACUUUGUUUGAUCAAUGUUUCUGAUUUAUUGUUCAGUGGGUCUGCUGAUCGAACGGUCAGGAUUUGGCAACGUGGGUACGAUGGUAAAUUUUAUAGCUUGAAGGUGUUGGACGGGUAUGAAAAACCCGUCCGAUCACUGGUGUCGGAUUCUGCAAAAACUACAAACGUAAGAGUGUUUAGUGAAAGCUUUGAUGGAUGUAUGAGAAUGUUGACUAUUGAUGAGGGUUUGAUUCUUUCGAAUUAUAUCUCUAACAAAAAAUGAUUGUUCUUUUUAAUUGGUUAUAAAAGUAUUAACUAUUAACCAUAUUGUAUGUAAUGACAGAUUAUUUAUCUUUUGCACAAAAUUGUAACAUGCAAUAAUUAAAUGUGUAAUUAGCUUGAUAAUAAAUGCUUGAUACAUUGUAUGUAUUACUAGGGUCGUACCCCAAAGGCCCAAAACUUAAUAAAAAAAAUAGAAAAGAAACGUGACUUGA